AUAAGCUAAUACUUUCACGGUGUAAAGUACGGUAGGAGCAGGAUGAGAGGGAAGUCGGUGGCCAAGAGCUAAUGGAAUGAGAGAGACGAGAAAGGAAACCGUGUUAGCGCCAGACCACAAGACGAGGGAGCUGCCGAGCGCUGUACCUGGCCGCCGGCUAGAGAGAAACGUCGUCUGUGAACGAUAGGACAAACAUCUGCUGUCCUACAGGACAAACAUUUGCUGCUUGUGUAAUCGUCCUCUCCCACUCCUUUUCCUCCUCUCCACUUCCGUCGUUGAAUAAACUACGCACACCUCCCCUCACCUCUCUUCCCUCUCUGACAAUCAACCACGUACUGUUGCAUAUACCUGACUCAUCUCUCUCUGUAUCAAAUCAUCUACCACUGUCUCAACAGACAAUAAACACAGAAAACGAAAGCACUUCUCCAAAGGUUUUUACAACUAUUCCCUCUCGAAUUCAAGUACAAACUCUUCUCGAAAUUUCCGUCUUUCCUCUCCCGAUCGUCGGUGGACUGCUGGGUUGCAGAGAUGAGCUCACGCUAUUCUAGUCAGAGUAGCUACAGUCCGACGCGACAUGGCUCGACCCUCGGUCGCAGUCGGACCAGCAGCAGCACGCUCAAGAUGGGAAAUCUCUCCAUGGACGAAGACACCGCGCUCUCUGACAUGCACAAGAAGGCUGACAAACUGUACGAAGACAAGAAGAAGAAAGAGGCCGAGGCUAUGAAGUAUUGGGACGAACAGAAAAAACUAGAACAGGUAUAAUAUAGCCAAUGGUGUUGAGUUUCAGUUUCACUGAUGAGAUGGAGAAAAAAUGGUCCUUGGAAUGGGUGGAGGCCUUUACAUUGAUUGACAUGCAUAUAUAUAUAUAAUUAUUUAUAAUAGUUGUUUGGUGUUUCCGCUAAUACAUUUGUUGAUGUUUGCUCAGCAAAAGUACUCAGACGAAGAGGAAGAUGGGUCGCCCUCCAAGUCCUACGGCCACACUGAUUCAGACUCGGGCUAUAAAUCGACGAAGGGCAGUAAGGAGGUAGUCGACAGUAGUGACUCUGGCAUCAGUAACGGUCUGGAAGCUUCUAAAGUCUGGCAGGAGAGGUUCAGUGACAUGGAGGACAAGUACAAGGAGGCAAUGGUGUCCAGUGCACAGCUCUACAACGAGAAGACAACUCUCAUCUUUCAGGUCGAGAGUCUCAAAGAUAGAUUAGAGGACGUGGAUCACAAGAUGGUGGAACUAAGAGCCGACCUUGCGAGAGAGCAGUCUAGGGGCAACCAGUUGGGGCACAGGGAAGAGGCCCUGGUGGGCGAGAAGGAUAUGUUGCUGAAACAGAUUGAGUUUCGAGACCAGUUUAUUGAGAAACAUGGACUGGUGUUGCCGACUGGGGAGGACGACGAGGAACAAACAGCGAUCGGGACACAAGAAAUGAUCAGCUCUGAAGAAAGAGAGAGACUUCUCAAAGAGAUAUCGGAGCUAAAGGAGGAGUUGUCGUCAAUGAAGAGUAGUUCAGCUGUUCUCGGAGACCAGCAACCAAGGGACAUAGUCCAGGUCAGUACAAGAAUGGUCAGCGAGUACAAGACAAAGCUGCAGAUUUCAGAGGCUGAGAAUUCGCGACUCGACGGAACGGUGACUAGAUUAAAAGGACAAGUGGAACGCUACAAGAACCAGAUCAAGGAAUUGGAAGAGAGGGAGGAUGAGUUGAUGAAAGAGAAGAGGAAACUGAGCAAAGAGAUCCGCGGCCUUCAGACAGACAAUGAAGACUCCAAGACUGAAACUGACCUCCUCAAGAGAAGAAUAGAACAACUGAAACGAAGACGAGAGUUCACACUAGACACAUGAUAGUCACGUGACUUCCGUGUAUGAGUUUGGUGGUGUAAUAGAAUUAGCUAAUGUAUGACUGUGAGUUAGAGUGCGCAGGCGCAAAGAGUUGACAUGUGCGCAUGCGCGUGGGUUAGUGGGUGGACCACGCCCCCUAACAAAAUGGCGACUCCAAAUAGAAGCUGCGCGGAAGAAAUGGCGGCGAGAGAGCAGGCGAGCGCCAUGCCGGCUACAGCGGGCGGAGGGCGCUCAGUCUCACCUGACCAGGAGCACGACUUCCUGGAGGAACCGCCGCGUGACUACUACUGCGCCGUGAGUCUGGAUCUGUUGUUGGAGCCGUUCCAGACGGGUUGCUGCGGGCACCACCUCUCCCGUGAGGUGGUGGAGCGUCUGCAGAGGGAGGGAAAGCCGUGCCCGAUGUGCAACAGACCCAAUUUCCCCGCGGUCCGGGACAUCUACAUGCAGAGAAAGAUCAAGGAGCUGCAAGUGCGGUGUCGGUACAACGGAGGCGGUUGCGUGUGGACGGGGCAACUCUUCGAUAAAGACGCGCACAUGCGGACGUGUCCGAAGCAGCCGUGGAGCUGCCCGCACUGCCAGUUCGCUGGGCUUCGCGAAGCCGCGCAAGAGCACACUGAGGGAUGUGCACAAGUCCCCGUACAUUGUCCGAAUCAGUGCGAGGCUCGCCAGGUACCCAGAUGCCAGCUGAGUGUUCAUCUCGACAGGGACUGCCCCCUCCAACAGGUCGCUUGUAAAUUCAGCCACGUGGGGUGCACAGAGGAGCUUGUUCGCUCACAGCUCGCCGCUCACAUACAAAACAUGCAGAUGCACCACACAAUGCUAAUGUGUUCCGCCAACCUGGACUUGACUCGGCAACUGAACGAGAAACUCACCGAGAAAGACGCGCAGAUCGAAGCUCUUCGAGGUGACGUUGUUCGUCUUGAGAGGGAGCUGGGCCAGCGAGUUCAGGCUGUGGAGGCUGGGGUGGCUGCCCAGUCUGAGUGGAUGGAGUCACAACAACGUGAGAACCAGAACGAUGAGAAUUUACAGGAGCCGGUACUGACUGAGGAGAUUGUGAAGACAGUCGUGACUGAACGGCUGCGAGAAACGGAGAUGUUUCUCCGGGAGCUGAAGAAGGAAGUGGAGGGUGUGCGUGGGGCGGUGGAUGAGAACCGUAGACUAGCUGUGCAGGAAAUGACGGAGGAACAGGAGAAGGGGGUGGGAAAACUAGACGAACUGGUAAAACAGGUUGAACAGGAUCGCGAGGCGGCCCGGGAAGACUUCAAGAACUGGGAGAUGACCUUGAAGGAAGAGAGGGAGUUAGUUGCCAAGACGACAGAGGAAACAAUGCGGAGGGCACUGGGGGAAGUAGAGAGGACAGUUGUCGACGAGGUGAAGAAGUCCAUGAAGGAAGUGGAGAGUUCG